GUAUCGAAAGAUAUGUGGAUGUCGAAAAUGGUCGUAACUUUGCGAUAUAUCGUAAUAAGAAAGUCGAUUUAGUCUGAAACUACAAAAACACUUUCCUACGAAUUGUAACCAAUAUUUGGAUGUGAUAUUGAUUUAUCUUUUCGGAAGAAUUUUGAAAAUCAUUCUCAGGUACUAUAUUAUUAUUGAAGCCAUGGAUCUCCUGGGCUCUAUUCUGAGUUCUAUGGACAAACCACCAAGUGUGAGUGAUAAACAAAGAAUGAUGAUGAAAAAACAAAAAGAGGCAUUUUUGCAGAAACAAAAAGAAGAAAAAGAGAAAUUGCAGGCUUUUAGAGAAAAGGUUGAAGAGAAAGUUAAUGCUAUUUUACGAGAUGAAAAGAAACAGAAGUGCACAUUUGAACCAAUGGACCAUGUUUAUAGGAGUGUCAUACGUGAUGUUGCAGAAGUUGCAGGUCUUGUAGCAUACUCCUUUGGUGAAGAAGGAGUUGACCGGCACAUAGUAAUAUAUAAAAAAGAAUUCACUCCUUCUGAGGAUGAAUUAGCUGCUUUACGUCGAGGAGAAGAAUGGACUCCUGAGAAAGCUAAAGAACUUGCAGAGAAGCGAGAACGUGAGAAAAAAAUUGCAGAAGAAGAAGCCAAAAGAAAGCCAGAAAAAUUUGUUCCUGCUAGUAACUACAAGGAAAAAUACGAACGUCUUAUAGGAAAAGAUGCUGCUUUAGCUGCUGCUCGUAAAACUGAAUCAAACAAACAGUAUGGCUUUGUUCCUAGUGAAAAUAAAAGAGACCAUCGAUCCAUCGAGCAGACAUUAGCUGACAUUCAAGCUAAGAAGAAACAGAAGACUCAGCUGAAUAGUGAUGCUGCAGAGUGAAUGUUGUAAAUAGAGAAAAAAUUAGUGGACACUUGACAGAUAACAGUGAUACCUUUGAUCUUAUUGUACUGCCUCCUAUGAAGCUGGGAGUGUUCAUAUUUAUUUGUAGAGACUUAUAUUUUUGUAUAUGAACUUAAUGUAUGUAUACCUCCAUAACCACUGCCUGUUAGUGUAUUAUAUAAUUGACAUGCAUGCAAAUUGCAGUCAGUUUUGAAAUAUGUUGUUCAUACCUCAUUUUUGCAGCUGUGUCAAUUGUAAUUUACUUUUGUCAUGUACAAUUUGCUCAUUUAUCUUUUGGGAACACCUAUUCCAAUUGUAGCACAGUUCCCAUGAUUCUUAACGAAGAAUUAUUAGUUACUUGAGACUGAAGGUGAAAAUUAUUUAUAACUUUAUAUUCCUAGGGAAUAAAAUAUUGAACCUAUUUUACGAAAGUGGGCAAUGGUGAGAUUCCAAGUUGGAGCCAAUUAGGAGAAUUCUUCCCGUAGAUAAGUGUCUACCGUUAAGGACAGUUUGUUCUCUUCAAGUCAAAUUUGGAUGUUCUUUAAAAUAGUUAUUUUCCUCAAUGUAAAUCAUCAUGAAAUUCAACUUUAUAACUAUUCAAACAACUAUUCUUUGUUUCAAGAAUUAGUGUAUGGCAACAUUUCUCAAAGUUGUUUUCUUGUGUAAAGCUAGCUUCCCUUGUAAGACUUGUAUACUAUGUUUUACACUUAUGCUUUGCGUUUUGUCACAUUGAUGAAAUAGUUUUGUUUUCCAAAUGGUAAUGUAUUUUGUAAGUCCAAAAAAAUUAAGUCUUUCUGUUCCUUUUAGAAAAAAUCAAUGAUAAAAACAGUAUCAUGUACUUCUUGAAAAUUGCCUACCUACUCUUUUCACUCAAGUUACAUUUCAGCAGAUUUCAGUUGUUUUGUUCUAUAACAGAAAAUAUUGUUAUAGAAUUCACUUUUCAUUUAUUUAUUUGUUAAUUUUUUAAAUUUUAAAUCAUGACAUACAAAUGACAAAAUUUAUUUCGAAAGUUUGUUGUUCUGUGUAAUUAACAUUUUCAGUUUCAUUCUUUGAAUGUUUCAGAAUAAACUUGACCAAUUAUUGUUUAAAUGCAAAUGAACACAAACAAAUGUUUAAUGCCAAUAUGUAAAUAAUGUUGAAAUAAUUGUAUUACGAGACUUGUCUCAUGACAAUAUUGUUUAUAUUUAUUCUUAUCGCAAAAAGAAAAUAGUGUUUCUGCCAUAAAUAAAGUUUUAUUCAAUUCUCAUUUUGCAAUAUAACAAUAAAAUCUUUGCUUUGCCUCAG